AUGGCUCGUCUUCUUUUGCAAUUGUUGGCUUUACAAUUCAUUUUUAUUGCAACAGUCUUCGGUCUGUUUGGAUCAUCGAAUAAACUCAAAGGAGCAACUAAAUAUCAACUUCAACAAAAAGUUCUUACACUUGGUUCAUCAUAUACCAUCAAAGAUGAUCAUGAUAAACCAGUUUAUAAAGUUGGAUUUAAACAAUUAGGCGUAGGUAAACAUCUUCAACUCACUGAUGUCUCUGGUGCUCAAGAAUUUUAUUCUAUUAAACACGUUCUCAAUCCACUUGGUCUUGCCAAAUAUGAAAUUCGUAGUCAUAAUCAAGUAGUAGCUGAAGUAAAUCGUAAAAUAAAUCUUAUUGGUGGUAAAAAAUUUUCAGUUAAAUCAAAACAUGGUACAUUUAAAAUCGAAGGCAAUUUUCGAUCACGUGAAUUUAAAAUUAAAAAUGGUCAUCAUCUUGUUGCCACUGUUUCAAAGAAAUUCUUUGCUAUUGGUGAUAAAUAUGGUGUUCAAAUUGAACAAGGUCAAGAUGUACCAUUUAUUUUAAGUUUGGCCAUUGUCAUUGAUGAAGUAGCUCAUGGAUAA